UCGCAUCACGCAUCGCGUAUCACAUAUUCCGCUAGGUUAGACAAAGACGCUCACGCCCUGCUGAGGAAGAACAACCAACUCUAGGAUCAUUUCUAGUCGCUUUCAACCCUAACUAGUCGUCGCCAUGACUAGACGUCAACGCAGGGCACUAUCCGAAUCAACAGUCGCUACCAUCGAUGAAUCAAGCAUACAAUAUUACCUGGAAGAAUCAGUUCUAAAGCCUGCUUCCGCUCGAGCACACACCGACGACUGGCCAUGCUUCCUGCUUAACGAUGCCACUAUAUACCAUAAAGAUGGUACCUUGGCAAACCUACUACAUGUCGACCUAGAAGGCCCAUUCAUUGUUCGCGGAAGGCUCGAAAUCGAGAAGGAUCAAGAAAGAUUCCUUGUCAACCGACAUAUGAAAGAUCGAACACCUUGGAUUCAAAUACAGAAUACCUUAUCAUUUUCCAUUGGAUUAAAGGAUGAUGAUCUUCCGAUGCCUGUGCUCUGGGCUAGUGGUGGCGCAGGCUGGUUCGAGAUUGUACCAUCCGACACAUAUAGGGCCAUAUGCGACACCAUGUCCCAGGGCAUAUCCCUUCACUAUUUCAUACUAGAUUACUACGAAGCUGCUCUAGUGCAAGCACAGUCAGAAGAUCAGGGUAAAAACAAAACUCUAACUUUGGAAGACAUUUCAGUUUCGCAAGAUCGCGCCUUGUUCAGUUACGCCGUUAGCGUUGGCGAUGGAAUGACUCUACCAGAAGUCCGACAGCGCGUAAAAGAUCAAGCAAUCUUUCUACUCUCACAUUUUCCCAAGAAUACAGAGUUCCAUGAAUGGCUGACGGGCCAGUUUCCAGAAAUCGCACGAAAACUUGCUAAAAAAGAUUCAAACAAAUCAACUACAGAAUCUAGUCAUUUGGUUGCAAUUCCCUACAUGGACCAGCCUAGCCCGCUAGAGGUUGUCGACAGCAAGAGAAAGGGCAAAGCAACAUUGCGAAGUUCAGUCACGAGGACGAUGCGCAGUAGCGAGGCCCCGAGUUCUGAGAUGAUGGAUCCGUCAAGUGAAGUCUCGGGCUGGGAGAACAAGGUCGCCCAGGCCAAAAGAGACUUCUUCAAGAAGCUUCAGUCUGAGCCUGCCUAUGGUUCCGAUGUGGCGAUGCUCGAUGUCAUUGACAAGAAUCCCAGCUCGAUUGCUACCAGUAACACGCAGAUCGGACAUCAUAAUCUUCAGCCAUCUUCCGGAACAAAUAUGCCACGACGCAACUCAUUGGAGCAACUAGAGCUGACUACGAGAAUCCGCCCAAGCGCAAACCCCUCUCUUUCUACCAUAAUCGAGGCUCUACAAGAUUCCAGAAAGGAGAUGAUAGAAUCUAUGUUUGGAGGCAAGCAAAAGAAGCAUCCUGACGAUGUCAAUCCCAAGGGCUGGUGCACCAGAUUGUACCUGGAACUAAGUAUCCGAAAUACCAAGGCACCGACCGAGGUCUGCCAAUAUUAUGCCCAGGAUCUUUUGCAACUUCUUGGAUCUGAAUGGCACCAUAGCGAGUUCUAUAAGUGGUUGGAAGACAAUAUCACCACAAAGCCUAGUUUUGAAUAUAUUAGCGAAGAAGACUUGCACAAGAUUGUCAGACGCAAGAAGAAGAGCAGGGCGUCUCGCGAAGAAGCUCAAUCUUCUGUGGGACCUUUUAUGGACGGUAAUGAGUCAACACCAAGAAUGGCAGGAAAACAGCCAGUUCGCAGAGGCCGCCCCAGUGGUAAAACAUCAGUUCUACGACCUUCCUUCGGUAGCAAAAAGCGCUUGUAUAACGAAGCGGGUUUUGAAGACGACGAGAUGGAGAUAGACGAGAAUGGGAUGCCACGGACAUCAAAGAGAUCUCGGUAUCCCACUGAAGACGAUGAAACGCAAGACACGGAUUCUUCAGACAGCGACGAUGAGCAUGAUGAAAAUAAAGAUAUGCCACUUGCUCGAGUGAUAAUCUAUGGGGAGAAACUACCUUCCACGACACCCACGGGUCCCAACCAAACCUGGAUAUGCGAAGAGCCCGACUGUGGCUACGUCGUUCGUGACGCCGACCAGAAAAAAGGACAGAUCGCCAUUAACCAGCACUUUGAGUACCACGACAAAGUUCCUGGAGAAGUCACCGAAGAAGAUGCAAUUAGCCAAAAGAGUCUUGUCAGCCUCGCACUGAAGGAGUCCCAAAAAGGACAGCUGCCUAUUGAUCACUUGCUCGAGAAAAUCCGCACUAUCGGGGACAAGACCGAAAAACGCCAGGAGAAACACCUUAACGGCAAAGCGCUCCCCCAGCACAUCAAGCGCGCCCUCCUCAUCUAAACCUAAACGACUACAUACAUAUGUACAUGUAGUUGCUAUUAUCAGCAUUGUACCUGGUCAUUGGUGUAUAUCAUAUAAAUAUACCUAGGUACUUACCUU